CCGCCACCGGAAGUAGGAAGGGGCCGCGCGCGCCCGCCCGCUCGCCCCAGCAUGCACCGCGAGCGCGAUCACGCGCGCCGCCUGCGCGAAGCCGUCCGGGCGCCCAGGCUGGGGCGGGGUGAAAUGGCAGCCUCUUCCUCAUCCUCUUCAGCUGGUGGAGUCAGUGGCAGCUCUGUAACGGGAUCGGGGUUCAGCGUUUCGGACCUGGCGCCGCCCCGAAAAGCCCUCUUCACUUACCCCAAAGGAGCUGGGGAGAUGCUGGAAGAUGGCUCUGAAAGAUUCCUCUGCGAAUCUGUCUUCAGCUAUCAGGUUGCAUCUACAUUAAAGCAAGUGAAACACGAUCAACAAGUCGCAAGGAUGGAAAAACUAGCUGGUCUGGUGGAAGAGCUGGAGGCAGAUGAGUGGAGGUACAAGCCAAUAGAGCAGCUCCUGGGAUUCACACCCUCCUCGGGCUGAGCGUGUCUGGAUCGCUGCUGUCAGGGAGCAGAAGAAAAACGUUCUCUGGCCCAGCUUCAAAACACACCCCCCGUUUAUCAGGAUGCCGACAGCUGCAUUGGCAGGACUUGGCUUUUUGGUUGUGGGGGCUUUUUUUUGGUGGUUUUUGUUUUUUCUUUUUCAAGUUGGGAGCGGGGAUCUCCCAUAAAGCUGCCAGUAAAUGGAAGUGGCAGGAUUCUUUAAGUCACCUGCAGCAUUAUGGGCUGGCAGAGCUGGGUUUCUGUAACUUAGAAGGUAGGUUCAGUUUUACAGCACCUGGAGAAUCGCCUCAUUGUUACAGCGGAGGGAAGACGUACAGUGUGGUGGCGGGGAAAGCGACCCAGUAACUCCGUCUGGCCAUUCCCUGGUGCGUGGCCGAGGUGCCCGCGGGUUGGGAUGCCUGCAUUGAGCUGGGCCUCUGUAGAGCAGAGGUGCGAUGCCCUGCCGAGAAACGCUCUUUGGCCUCAGCUGUUGUGUUGGGGGAUGAACAGGAGGAGAACUGUGCCAGGUCAGUUGGGAGGGGGCAGGCGGCGACGUUCUCCCCAGAGGUACCUCGGGUAUUGCCUGAGCUGGUUUCUCUCGGUUGCUGUUUCUCCCGUGUCUGCCUAGCAAGCGUCUCUAAUGCAGAAGCUGUAUCUUUAAUACCCUGAAACUCUUUUUCCUCUUUAUUAUGUGUUAGCUUGCUCUGGGAUAAUAAAAUAAUUCUGCCUUUGAAA